AGGACGCGUCUUCGCCGCUUAAAAGUGUAGCAGGUUUUAGUGACAGUUAUGUGCAGUGCUCCAAUUUUGUUAAAAUAAUUUUGUUUUUAAUACGUGUUACUUUAGUUACGGAAAUACAACAAAAAUUUAAAAACUACUGAAAAAAUGUUCCAAUACGAGUACGAGAAGCGUGCGUCGGCGACACGUGAGACGCCCGUACGAUCGCAUGAGUACUACGCGCGCCGGCCUUUACCACCACGUCCGGAAUGUGACCCUUUGCCUGCAAAAACUAGUGUGCCGCUGAAAGUGUGGAUCAUUGCCGGCGCAUCGUGCUUUGCUGUGUGCGCGAUUCUUGUGCUUGCUACUGUUGUGAUCACGCGGUGGGGGACCACGGAGACUUAUACAACUAGAGAGAUUUAUGAAGCGCCUGAACCAAUAUAUUUCCCUCACCCACAAUCCACGGAAUCAACAGACGAAAUACAAUAUCCAAUAUUGGAAAAACUAUCGAUAUUCAAAAAUAUAGUCGCAAAUCGUAAUCCAGAUCUAGCAUCCAAACCACAAAUCCACCCACUUCACGACACAACCUUACACCACGCGGAGAAAAAAAUCGAAAAGAAAGACAAGCCGAAAGCAAUACCAGAAUUCAAACCAACACUACCAGACAUAUUCACCAACAAACACAUAAAACUCUCCGACGGUUACAUAGACUUAACAUACGAAGAUUACUACAACGACGAAAAUCUAUACGACGAUUACAUGCAAAGUAACACAAUGACAAGUUACUUAAUUGAAAAAGUUCAGGAAUUAUACGAAUGGAUAAAUUCUGAUCCAACAUUUGUUAAGAAAGAAAAUAGUAAUUUCGGUGAGAUAUUAAAAGCCCUAAAUGACAGUUUAAUUGAGGGAAAUGUGACGAUUGUGAUGAAGAAGCUGAGAGACGUCUACUUCGGCGAUAAUUAUACUGUUGUUAAUAGUGGGAAACCGAUUUUGAAGAAUAGCACGAGCUUGCUCUCCUUCGGGAUUUUGACGUUGGAUGUCAUGUUGUUGCAUAACAUACAGCUGAUGGCUUGGGAGAAUCAGGAAGGAUCCCGUAACAAAAUGCUCAAGGACCCAGAUGUGUUCGCCUUUAACGCAUUGUUCAUGGAACCUAGUAAGGUGGAGGCGAAACGGAACGAAGUGCUCCAUUAUUAUGAAAAUAGUAAACGCCAAAACGCACGUCAAGACUCUGAUGAUAAUGAGAAGAAUUUGCUCGAAAACGUGUUGGAGAUAGGGAUGAGUACCGCCAGGGCCGCAAUACAUUUGGGACGAGCGUAUAAAAAUACCAAAAUGGUCUUAAACCAACUCUCAAACCGCGAGGCGGUUGAUACCAACAUUCAAAAUCAAAUGUCACGGAAUAUCGACGCCAACACGCACGCACUUAACCAUCUACAAACAUCAUUUAAUGACAGUUCCAGUGUUGCCAGCAGCUAUUACACAGAUUUGGACUGCGUUUGGCUUUUGUAUUGUAAGAAUUUAGUUGCUACGUCAAAAUUAAAUCCACCUUACGGGACUAUGGCAAGGAUUAAUGGGUUGGCCCUAAGAAUGUUAGCCGGUGAAUUGGUAGCUGACCGGGCGCUGGACACAAUGCUGUAUGAAGCACUGACUGGCUGGACGGAGUUGAGGUGUACUGAUAUGUUUCCAAAAUGUAGCAAAUCCAAUGCGGCUGGGGUCGUCUUAGAGUCGAUAUUACAGCCGUUAAGAAAAACUAAAAAUUCUACGUAGAAUUUGUAUAAGUUUUGUAUAAAUAGUCUCAUUAGCAUUUACAACCUAGAAAAUAAGAAAAAAAAGCAUUUUUAAAGCAUCCUCAACAAAUAUUUUUUUGUUUUUUAUGACCUGAAUGAACUUUGUUUAUCACAGUAUAAAGUAGCCACUUGACUAACAUGUUUUCAGCGUUAAAACUGUUAAAUACUAAUAAAUGCAGUAAAGAGCCCUCUUUAACUCACAAAAACAAACAAAUCUAAUUUCAUAUUAACUGAAAUACUCUUUUGUCUCUUUCUUCCAUUAUGUCAAUUGUCUAUGCUGCGACAUACAUUUGUAAGGUAUCAAUCUGUUUGAUUGGUAAAAAGUAUUUUAAGAAAAGGUUUGGUUGGCUAAGAAUAUCUGAUAAGUUAUUUUUAAGUUCAUAAGUUUAACCCAUACAGUUAAUGUCAAUCGGAAGUAUGAUGUCCACAGAAUAUGCAACCUGGAUUGUUUUUUUUCCUGACAACUACGGGUUGACAGGUACUGUAAUAGGUUUUAAUCUGUAACUGAGUUUAUUUAAAACCGUGCAAUUUGGCAAAGUUUUAUAGAUAAAUUAGAUAAAAUAUAGACUAAUUGUUGACAAUGGAUUGACACAUCUUGAUCUGUGUUCCACUGGAAUAACGAUACUUAUCUGUGAUGAAAGCCUUAUGACCGUUUCAUCUUUGUUUAACUUUAUAGUGGUUUGUUACUCAUUUAAGUUCACAUCUAACUCUCAAUUACUAAAAUAAGUAUUAGCGCUAAGUAUGACUUCCGUUAUUAUACGGAAUAAUUUUGACUUAUAUCAAAAUGCUAAGAAUCUAAAGGCGAGAUUAGAUACUUUAAAAAUCUAUAGGAGGGACACAUUUCGUAAUAAUCCUCUUUUUUAAAUCUCGCCCUGAAUCUUAGCGAUAAGUAUGAUUCACAAAUGUCAAAAACGUAUUGACAUAUAGGAGUUACUUUGAUUCCGAAUGUCAUCUUAGGAUUUACAUAAAUACUGAGGCUACUUUAAGAUACAAUAAACCAUAGUUGUGUGUUAUAGAUUAUAAAUAUCUUAAGAAAACACUUUUUAAACGGAU